UCCGCGCUCGCACUAGCGCGGCCAAAGCCCCCCCUCCUCGUCAAGCCCCACUCCCAGGCGCGGACGUGUUCCGCCGUGCGCCUCUGUCCCCCCUUGCUCUGCCGGUCUGCCCUGUUCCCCACGCAAGGCCAAGCCCGGCCGCCACCGCGCGCCGUAGCGGAGGAGCCGCCCGCCCAUCCCACCCAUGGCGAGGCCGCAGCGGGCGAGGCCGCAGCUGUCGCGCAUCAACGCGAUGAGGCACUCGUCGUACCCCGGCGAGGACGAAGGCGCGGGCGACCCCGCGCCGGCCGACCUCGGCUCCGAGUUCGCGUCGCAGACCAGCUUCCGCAUCCGCGGCGGCCACGGCGGCCGCGCAGAGGUCGACGACCUCUUCCGGAAGCUCGGCCUCAACGGCCCCGAGGACUUCACUAUCUCCCCGGCCCUCUACGCCGCCGCCAUGGCGCACAUCCCAACCUCUUCCCGCAGCCGCCGCCAGUCGCUGGAGGCUCCCCUGGCCCUGGACCGGGGCGCCGAGGGUUCAGCACGGCAGGAGGCCGUUGAAGUUUCUGCACGAUCCUACAAAUGGCCUGAAGCUGAAUCAGGCAGCAGAGUGAUCGAAUCGGAGACAGCGAAAGUUUCCCUACGAGAGGUUGCCGCCGUGGUGAAGUUGGGGGAUGCAGACACAGAGAAGGGGAAGGGUGAUCCGGUCAAGGUGGAUCAGUUGCGAGUUGAGAGAACAAAAGCGGUGGUUGUCGAGGCGCCAAGGGAGACUACGGGUGCUCUGGUUCAAGUUGUAGCAGAGUCAACUUCUCGUGACAUUGAGCAUUGGAUCUCGCCAUCGCCACACAGGCGGUUUAAGAGAACCAUUACGACUUGGAUCAAGGGAGAGCAUCUCGGGAGUGGAUCGUUUGGGUCAGUGUACGAGGCCAUCAGCGAUGAUGGUUUUUUCUUUGCUGUCAAGGAGGUAUCCUUAAUGGAUCAGGGACUCAACGCAAAGCAGCGCAUUCUGCAGCUUGAGCAUGAGAUAUCCCUCUUGAGUCGUUUGGAGCAUGAAAAUAUAGUACAAUAUUUUGGAACAGAUAAGGAAGGUGGGAAAUUAUAUAUUUUUCUCGAACUUGUAACUCAAGGAUCAUUGGCAGCUUUAUAUCAAAAAUACCAUUUACAAGAUUCACAAGUCUCAGCAUACACAAGGCAGAUUCUGAAUGGUUUGCUCUAUCUACAUCAGCGGAAUGUCCUGCACAGAGAUAUCAAAUGUGCGAAUAUCCUAGUUGAUGCAAGUGGGCUGGUCAAAUUGGCAGAUUUUGGACUUGCGAAGGAGAUAUCAAUUUUGAGCCAGGCAAGAUCUAGCAAGGGAACUGUUUUCUGGAUGGCCCCUGAGGUUGCUAAGGCUAAGCCACAUGGACCACCAGCAGACAUAUGGAGUCUUGGCUGCACAGUUUUGGAGAUGCUGACAGGCAAAGUUCCAUACCCUGAUAUGGAAUGGACACACGCUUUGCUUAAAAUUGGUAGGGGAAUACCACCAGAAAUUCCUUAUACAUUAUCGGAAGAUGCGCGUGAUUUCAUAAAGAAGUGUGUUCAAGCAAAUCCAAAUGACCGUCCAUCUGCUGCUCAGCUAUUGGAGCAUCCUUUUGUUCAGAGACCGCUACAACAUUAUAGCGCAUGAUGUUUUCCUCUGCUUCUAACAGAUUCGAUUGUACAUAAGCUGAUUUAAUUCACAUGUCAAAGCUUGUGCUGAUAAUGAUGAUGACCCCUUGGCCUGAAUUCCGAGAAUGGUCCCUCAAUCUGAAGACAUCCCUUGAUCACUGUACCAUUUUCAUGCUUGAUAGUUUAUGGGAGGUUUAAAAUUGCUUUCAAUCCGGUAAGCACAUCCAGGCACUUAGAAGCAAUUAUGUGGAUGUAGGGCAUUCCAUGUUCGGUUGAAGAUGGCUGAUAUAAGUGAUUCUUUUCGAGCUUGUUGGGUGUUUACACCAUGUUCCUAUGGCUAUGCCAGCAUAGUUUGCAUGAAGAUAAACUAUGGAAAUGGCUUAAAUUGUGUAUUGGUGGCAUCUUGCUAGCACAGGAUGGUUUGCACACCACCAAGAGCGAUUCCUUUCAUGUACAUCCUAAUAUCUGGCUGAUCCAGUGUUUACUAGUAUUUGACAUUUUGGCCAAACGGGAAAUCACACUGUUAGAUUAAAAGCGAAUGAUGUGGAUGCUGGCAGUAUAAUACAGCUGUCGCUCAACGCUCGCAUAUCGUUUGCCACC